ACAUCCGUGCUACUUGAUAGCUAGCUUCUUCCAGCAGUCUGUGUAGUUCUGCUGUCGCUGGGUGCGUGUGUGUGUGUGUUUAAUGAGGUGUGGAGGUGAGGGGAGAUGUGGUCCUUUUUUGCCAGGGAUCCUGUCAAAGACUUCGCUUAUGAAAUCCUCCCAGACAGCCAGGAGACGUCUGGAAUAUGGACUCUUCAUCGGGGGAAGCGAAAGACCAAUGGAGAGCCGGUGUCUGUGUUUGUGUAUGAGGUGGCUCAGGGAACAGAGCAGCAGACCCAGCUAGCCAAGGCUGCCUUCAAGCGUAUGAAGACGCUGCGUCACCCUAACAUCCUGGCCUACGUGGAUGGAUUGGAGGCAAACAAGAGCCUGUACUUGGUCACCGAGCAGGUGACACCCCUGGCAGUCCACCUUAAGGCCCAAGCAGAGAAGGGUGGUGCUGGAGAACUGGAGGUCUCCUGGGGGCUGCACCAGAUAGUGAAAGCUCUGAGUUUUCUUGUCAACGACUGUCACCUGCUUCAUAACAACUUCGGCGUGUGGGCUGUAUUUGUGGAUCGAGCUGGGGAGUGGAAGCUAGGGGCCCUCGAUCAUGUGGCUCCUGAACAGGGUGACCCCAGUGGGGUCCCACUCCCUGCCCCUAAGACUGUUUACCCAGACAUGGAGAAAUAUGACCCACCAGAGAUGCCCAGUAGUAGUGGAGAGAAAUGGGCAGGGGAGGUGUGGCGACUAGGCUGUUUGAUUUGGGAAGUGUUUAAUGGGCCACUACCUCGCACUUCUUCCCUCCGUUCCUUAGGAAAGAUUCCCAAGGCUCUGGUCCCUCAUUACUGUGAACUGGUUGGAGCCAACCCCCGGGCUCGACCAAACCCAGCCCGCUUUCUCCAGAACUGUAGAGCCACUGGGGGAUUCCUCAGUAACAGCUUUGUGGAGAGCAACCUUUUCCUGGAAGAGAUCCAGAUCAAGGAGCCAGCAGAGAAGCAGCAAUUCUUCCAGGAUCUGAGUGACCAUCUGGACUCUUUCCCUGAAGACUUCUGCAAACAUAAGGUCCUCCCUCAACUGCUCACUGCCUUUGAGUUUGGCAAUGCAGGCGCUGUUGUCCUCACACCGCUUUUCAAGGUGGGAAAAUUCCUGUCAGCAGAAGAAUACCAACAGAAGAUCAUCCCUGUCAUCGUGAAGAUGUUUUCCUCCACAGAUCGAGCCAUGAGGAUACGACUUCUGCAGCAGAUGGAGCAGUUCAUUCAGUAUCUGAAUGAGGCAGCAGUCAAUUCCCAGAUUUUCCCUCACGUUGUUCACGGCUUCACAGACACCAACCCUGCCAUCAGAGAGCAGACUGUGAAGUCUAUGUUGCUGCUGGCUCCCAAGCUGAAUGAGACCAACCUGAACCAGGAACUGAUGCGUCACUUUGCCCGGCUGCAGGCCAGAGACGAACAAGGCCCAAUCCGGUGCAACACCACCGUCUGCCUGGGAAAAAUUGCCUCCUACCUCAACGCUGGGACUCGACAGCGUGUUCUGAUUUCUGCCUUCUCACGAGCCACAAAAGACCCCUUUCCCGCCUCACGCUCUGCUGGUGUGCUGGGCUUUGCCGCUACACACAACUACUACAGCUUAACUGAGAUUGCCGCCCGAAUCCUGCCCACCCUCUGUGCUAUCACUGUUGACCCUGAUAAGAGCGUCAGGGACCAGACAUUCAAAGCCAUCAAGAGUUUCCUUUCCAAGCUGGAGACUGUGUCAGAAGACCCAACCAAGCUGACUGAGUUAGAAAAGGAUGUAGGGUCGUGCGGUCAGCCUGCAGGUGCCUCUUCGAGUUGGGCCGGCUGGGCUGUGACUGGCAUGUCCUCACUUACUUCUAAGCUGAUCCGCAACGCUCCAGGGACAGAGGGAGGUGCAGCAGCUGAGGGCAGCGGACCGGCCAACACCACCAGCCCCACUAGUGCCACUGAUGGAGCACCUGCACCUGGAUCUGAAGAUAAAGCUCCACAAGCCUCUCUGCCUCACCAUGCUGCCUCUAGUCGUGCCAACCAAUCACAGACUCUUGAAGUAACAGACAAUGAUGAUGAGCCAACAGGAGACCGCUGGGAUGAUGAGGAGGACUGGGGAAGUUUGGAGGAACCAGAGAAAGCUCAAACUGAGACCGAUGACUGGAACACUGACUGGUCAGGAAUGGCAUCAUCUAAAAAGAAGGCCAGUGACAGAGGAGUUGGUCAGUCGUCCAUCUCCAUGGCGAUGAAGGCACAGAGCUCUGAUUGGAGCAGCUCAGGCUGGGAUGCUGAUGACAGCUGGUCCAACGACAAGGAAGGCCAGGGUCAGAGCUCUGCAGGCGAGGAAGGCUGGGGCAAUGACUGGGGGGAGGAGGAGACGGACACAACCUCGGCCAGUAACACACUCCCCCUGCCCGAGGGCGUGCGAUUAGCCAGCGAAUACAACUGGGACAGCAGCAACACAGCGAAGGGGAGCGGUCAGAAUGAUCUGUUCGCCAGCGUGUCCCAGAGAAACACAGCCAGCACUGCUGCCACCACGGCUGGAGAUGGCUGGGGUGCAGAGGCAACAGGAGACUGGGGCACAGAGGAGAGCUGGGAGUCAGUAGAUGGAAGCCAGAGCCUCAGCAAGGCAGAGCUGUCCAAAAAGAAACGCGAGGAGAGACGGAAAGAGCUGGAAGCAAAACGGGCUGAGCGUAAAGCUGCUAAAGGUCCUCUCAAACUGGGUGCGCGCAAGCUGGACUGAUGAGGGUGGAGCUGCAGAGGGAGGAAUAUGGACCACUGUGACUGAUCAUAGCGGUGGAUGGAGGUUUGACAUUCCCCGAGUAAAGGACCAGGAAGGAAAGCAGCGAAGAAAUCUGAAGAGUCUCUGUUUUGGAGGAAGCUCUGUGGCUGAUUGAUGGAAAAUGUUACUGUUGGUCAGUAGAUGACUCUUGGGUUUGGGAUUUUCUCUUUUUUCAUUAAAGAACUGACAGUCGGGAGAAAAUUCAGAGAGACAUGAAGCACCACAGAGCAGCAGAGGCCUGAGUGAUUUAACGAAAUGCCCCAGUUUUUGUUGUUGCUUUUUUAUUCAUAACACAUAAAGUUAUCGUUGUAAAGUAAAUGUAUAUAACUGGUGCAUCUUGUCUUAAAAGAAAUGACACUUUUUUUUAUUUUAAAAGGGAGAAAUCUAUAUAUUAGAAGUUCUGAAUCAAACGUAUUGUUAUGCUGAAUGUUUUUCAGUACAUACUGUCUGCACAAACUCACAGUGGAUAGGAAUGUUUUAGUUCAGCUGUCACUUGCAGAUUUAAGAUGUAAAAUCAGUCCAUGCAUGCAUCUGUGUGUUUUUGUGGCCUAACAAAAGGCUUCGUGGCAAGAAAUUCCAAAUAUGUUGACUUUGCACAUACAACACUGUAUUUUAUUGAAAUGGCCUGACAGGUUGCACAUUUGACUGGUGUCACAUCGAUAAACGAGAAACAUGCACUUCAGACAUAUUUUACAGCAGCUGGGCCACAGAGAGAAGUUAAAUUUGACGAUGGGAUUCAGUUUACAUGACAUUUCUGUAUCUCCUGUUGAUGACUCUGGUGGAGGGUUUAGGAAAUCAAAGCAGUUUUAUGUUGAAGUCUCUGGAAGGUCUUCUCAUGUGUUUGUGUCUGGAUCAUCCUGCAGAGCUCAUUAAAGCCCUUUAGGAUCAUGUGAGUGAGUUAACAUAUAGCCAUUAAUCAUUGCAGUCAGUUUGUGGUAUGGCUGAAGGAGAAGCUUCUUGUACUCUUUUAUUUGUGCCUUUUUUUAAUUGCAGGUCAGCUUUGUGAAAUCACACCCCAACUGCAAAUUCCAAGAGGAAAAUCUUAAAAGUGGACCUGAACUGUCUGAAAGCAUCAGAUUCUGUGUUUUGACCCCAUAUUGCCUGUCUGUGCUGGAUGUGGCGCUGCUAGGUUUGCAAAAAGCUUUCUAGACGAGCCAGCUGACACAAUCACAAGCAGCCAUCACCUCUGGAGCUGCUGUCUGGUGUUGGGCUGUCGGGUCGGGUCAUGGAAGGAACUAUGCUGCAUUAGUCUGAACCAGGCUGGAUGCAUUGUAUUACAGAGAGUCCAAAUCAUGUAGCAUGUGAGCUUUUCUGAAAUAAAAAAACAAAUAUGUGGA